CGGAUGUAUAUAGGAAGAGAUUGACGCAACGUGAAAAAAUAUUUUUGUUCACAUUGCGUGUCCUCGCUGCAUCUUUCCGCAUACGAGCUUAUAAAGAAUCGCCGUGAUUUCCUUAUUCGAAUCUUUUUAAAGUAUAUUGAGAUAAAUGUCUCGCUAUUUGUUAUUUUAUUUGUCCGUGGGUGCGAUCCUAGCCUGCGGAUCGUCCCGAAGGAUACCUAGAGAAGCAUCGUGUCCCUCGUGUAGUCAAGAUUGUCCUGAAGCCUUGACCGUCCAACUACCAUGGAAUCCUCAACAAGAAUCAAAACUGCGAGAUUUUUCCACCAAUUCGUUCCAAAAUUCACCUUAUUCUCGCUUCAUACAAGAAGGACUCUCCCAGGAUAUAGAACGUGAUGACAACAUUCCAUUAAGUCAAAAUUCAAUGCCCUUCGAAAACUAUAGAAGAUUUCUUCAACAAGAACCUACGAGUAAAAAUUUAAUUUUUAAAAACUAUAUUAAUAAUUCUCCAAAAUACUUAGGCAGACAAGAAUUUUCUCAGGACAAACCUGCGAGAGAAUACCCUUUCGCUCAUUCGCUCGUGUUGCCAUCGCGACAAGCUUUUGACAGAUCGGAAAAUUUGUUCUUCAGAAAUCCUCGCAAUAAAUAUUCAGAAUUCUUAUUAGGGGACUACACAAAGACGCAGGACUACAUAAAGGAUGAAGAGGAUCCUACGAGCGAAGUGCAAGUCAUGUAUCGCGCCGAUAAAGAUGUAAAGCCAGAGAGUUCUUUCCCUAAGGUCGAAAAUAUUUACCAGCCUCGUCAGGAAAAGUUUCUCGACAGGGAAAGGAACAUGAUUGAGAAGUUUUCAAAUUCUGCCAGCCAGCUGAGAUAUCCUCAAGAAAGAUAUAAUCCCAUAGAAUUUGAUCCAUCAGAAGUGAAGCGUGAUUCUCAUAUUAAGGAUAUUAAGGAUACAGACGUUCCAAAAUCGACGAAAGAAUUCUUCAACAAUUGGGACAUCGCUAGGGAUUCAUCGCAAUCUUUGAAUCUGGAACAACGUAGGAAUAAUUUCUUAGAAGUACAUCCUGCAAAGAAACAAAAAAUUAUAGACGAAAAAAUCAAUUUUAAACCUUAUAAUACUAAGUUUCCUCAGGAUUUAGAUAUAUGGAAACAUUUAGAAAACGAGGAAGAUGCUGAAGAUAUGAAAGAAUAUUUCGAUGAUAGAACGGAACCCUUCCAGGAUGAAGAUCUGAAAGAAUAUUUUGAAGACGAAGCUGAACAGCUGGACACCAUCGGGACUGAACAAAAUAAUUACAAUCCCCGUAUUCUUUCUCAGAAUAUUUGGAAGGGAACAGAGAGUGAUGAAUUCCUCGACAAUUUGGAUUUCAUUUCCGAAAACUCGCAAGAAACUGAACAAUUAGGAUUAAACUCUGAAGAAAAUGAUAAUUAUUUGUUCUUUGAGGACGAGAAAAACAAAGAUGUAAUCUUUCAAGACAAAGCGGACACCACUGCUGAAACUGCUCGUGCACCUGUAAUUAAUGCUUACAAUGCUUACAUACUGCCUCGCUACUUAAAUAUUGUAAAUGAUAAAAAAUAUCCUAGCAAAUCCGAGGCGGAGGAAUUAUCGGAAGUUAAAGGUAGUCUACGUACGAAUUCUGUAAAAGAAAUGAAUCACAGAUUCUUAGAGGACGAUGCUGUUAUUGAUGAUAAUAAACGCAUUCAAGAUCUUAUACUUUCUAAAGACAUUUUCAACGUAGAGGAAUACAGCAAUCCUAUUGACGAACGGAAUAAUGUAAGAAAUAAAAACGAAGCUUUGACAGAACUUGAUCCUGAUCUAUUAGACGACAUUGAAGAUCCUCCAGUAGGAACGACUGAAUCAAUACCAACGUAGAUCUUAUUAACGUUUCUUAACAAUAAUAGAUAAUAAUUAGUAGUAUUAUAUAUAUAUAUAUAUAUUCCGGAUUUCAAUUGAGUUUAAGAAUUUUUUUUAGAAUUGGUUUUUUCUUAAUAAAAACGUCAACUGACCAAUAAUUUCUAAAUUACGUAUAUUUGAAAACAAUAUGUUCAAAAAAUAGUCAAAGAUAUAAUUAAAUUACAAAAAUAUUUAAUGUAAAAAAUUGAUAACUUGCGAGUAAAUAUGAUUUGCCUCGAAAUUUUCAUUUAAAAAAGCAAUUCUAAAUUGAUAAUUUCAAAAAAAAUUUCAUAAAUUAUUAAACAUCCGAUUGCUUGUGCAAUUUCCAUUAUUUUAUUAUUACUGUGAAUAAUAGCUGGAAAUAUUUAACUGAGCUUGAAAUAAGGAAAAACUGUCAAUAUCUUUUAAAGAUAAAUAAAAAUUCAUUAUUUAUUAAUGUAUAUGUUAAGUUUUCGAUUAAUUAGUAAUAUUAAAAUAUAUUUCAUGCAAUAAAAAUGAUAAUAUUGUUAUUAAUUAAAAAUUAGAUAUUCUGACUUCCUGUACAUGUUCUAUAUGAAAAAAUAAAUAUUCUGAAAAUUUUUAAUGUA